AUAGUUAUUUAAAACUAGCAUAAUUUACAAAAGGAGGAUUUGAGUAAUCUUCUCUGCUCUGUAAGUUAUAUUAGUAAUUUGAAUUAAACUUCAGUGGCAAAUAGCAAACUAGAUAAGAAUUCGGGUAGGUGGGUAUUUAAAUUUAUUCAUAUCAAAAACGUUUUUCUUUCAUUCCGUUAUCGUCACAUCCUGUUUUCAUAUGUAUUUUGUUGAUGGAUCCCAUUUUCUCUCAAGUUAUUUCAUUCAAGCUUAAUUGCCCUGCAGGCCUACCAUCAACUAUUACAAAACGAUUCAAAUACAGACCUAUCCAGUUUAGGAACCUAAAAUCAAUCGCGUUCAAUUCAUACCACCACCUUACUAAAACAAAGUCGUAAUUGAAUCGUUAGUGAACGAAUGAAAUCAAAUAAAAAAUAAAAGUUGUCUCUGAGUCGCACUCCCCGGUGACAGCUGCUGGCAGACGAAAGAAAGAGAACAAGCUAUACGAUCUCUCAAUAUUUUAUCUCGCUCGGUAAUGUCACUAGAUUUGCGUUCCCUUAUACGAAAUUCUCAUUAUAUUGUGCCAAAGAAUGUUUAUUUAUUUGUUACUUAUACAAAAAUAUAUAUUCUAAACUAGCACCAAUUUACCAAGUUUAUGUGAAAACUUCAAAAUACAGCUAAAUUUUAUUUAAAUAGUAUGUACGACUGUUUUUAACUAAAACGUUUAAAGCAAUAUGAUGUGUACACAAAUUCGGAACGGAACGUACUUUGAUUUCGAGUUAAGUGGUUCGUAAUAAGUACCUGUAGCGGCAGAUUCGUUUGUUUAUGUGCGUGUUUUUGAAUAUUAUUUAAGUGAAAAAAGGAUAAUUUUUACAAAAUCAUAAUGUCCGUCUCCCACACUCGAAGAGUUACUUUCAGCCAGCUUGAGCAGCUAUGGGAGUUUUUAAAUAAAAAUAGGUGCUUAGCUACAGGCUUUAAUAAAACGUCCCAAGCAAGGGAGUUUUCAAAAAGAAUGUGGGAAGAGAUAGCGCAGUAUUUAAACUCGCACGGUGAUGGAGCAACAAAAGAUUGGAAAGGAUGGUGCAAAUAUUGGAAUGAUUAUAAAUCUAAAUUAAAAAAGAAUGUUGCGUUAGUCAGAGCGUCGCAUCAACUGACUGGAGGGGGCCCUUCAAAUGUGAGGCCUCUUACUGAAAUAGAAGAGAAGUUUUUGCUUAUUGUGGGUCAGGAUUUUGGCACUGGUCUGCCAGGAAUUAGAGUGCAACCAAAUUUUGAAAGGGAACCAAUAGAACCUCAGCCAGUUGCCUCGAAUAGAAUUUUAACCCCAACAAUAGAAGAAGCUACCCAAGAGUUUGGACAAGACAAACGGAAUCUCCCCAAUGAAGACGAGGUGCAGGAUGGAGGAUCUCUAAGUGUUUUAGAAUACUGGGGAGGAAAUGAACCUCAGCCCGGUCCGUCGAGGAUGUUAACGCCCCCGCCAGCGCCGCAGGCUACGGAAGUGCAGCCUCCUGCCGCGCGGUCACCGCGCACGCCGCGCCGCUCUCCGCGGGCUGCCGGCUCUACGCCGCGCCGCCGCCGCCCACGCCGCGCGCUGCGACGGGACCCGCCCGUGUCCCAGGAGGCGGCUCGCCGAUCUCUCAUAGAAAUCUCGAGCCGCAGAGCCGAAAUAGAGGAAAGAAAUACUAAUCUCUUGGGACAACUGGUGGCGGAGAUCCGAGAAAUCAAACAAAUAUUACUAUCUAGGAACGCCGGACAUCCCACAGUCGACGAAUGAGAUCAUUUCGAAUAGCUACACCCUGUUGAAGUGCUUGGUUGUUUUGGCUGCUACUCACAGUAUCUUCAGCAAGAUUGGCAGGCUGCAUUUGAGCUUCUUGAGAGCUGUCUGCAUCACUUAUUUCUGGUGCUGGAAGGUUUGCUUUAUUGCAAAUAUUGUGUAAAAUGACACAAGCAUUAACAAUAGAUGCAGCAACUUGGGGUUUAUAGUGUAGAACUCUGUGGGCCAAGAGGCAACGAAAGCGUGACUUUAGAAGGCCAAUAGUUCUCUCAAUUACAUUCCUGGCUCGAACAUGUACAUUAGUGUAGUGGCCUUCCGGAGUUUCAGGAAGAGCAUUUACCACUGGUGUCAUAAGAAACUUCCUCAGUGGAUAGCCAGAAUCACCUGUAAAAAUAUUUUUUUUGUAAUAAAUAUACUUCAUAAUAUAUUUUUAUUACUUUU